AUGGCGAUUCCAAAGAAUCACCAAGGACGUGGCGAGCUGGUCCUGCUGUGCACACUCCUGGCGAUAUUGUGGGAGCUCGGGACAGCACUGAUUAGCUACUCGGUUCCAGAAGAGGUGGACAAAGGCAUCUUGGUGGGCAACAUCUCCAAGGACCUGAGACUGGAACCCUGGGAACUGGCAGAUCGCGGAGUCCGAAUUGUCUCCAGAGGUAGGACGCAGCUUUUCUCUCUGAAUCCACAAAGCGGCAGCCUAAUCACUGCGGGCAGAAUAGACCGGGAGGAGCUCUGCGCCCAGAGCGCACGGUGUCUUGUAAAUAUUAACAUCCUCGUUGAGGAUGGAGGAGAACUCUUUGGGGUAGAAAUAGAAAUAACUGAUAUUAACGAUAAUAACCCAAAAUUCCAUGUUGACGAUCUGGAAGUAAAAAUUAAUGAAAUCGCUGCUCCUGGAGCUCGGUACCCACUCCCAGAAGCCAUUGACCCGGAUGUGGGCGUGAACUCCCUGCAGAGCUACCAGCUCACCCCCAGUCACCACUUCUCCCUGGACGUGCAAACGCGAGACGAUGGAACCUUAAACCCGGAGCUGGUGCUGGAGCACACUCUGGACCGAGAGGAAGAGGCUGUUCACCACCUGGUCCUCACCGCCUCGGAUGGCGGCGACCCACGUCGCUCUAGCACAGUGCGCAUCCAGGUGACAGUGCUGGAUACAAACGACAAUGCCCCAGUGUUUGCUCAACCGAUUUACAGAGCCAAAGUCCUUGAGAACGUGCCACCAGGCACCCUAUUGCUUACAGUAAGAGCUAGCGACCCGGAUGAGGGAGCCAACGGAAAAGUGGCAUAUAAAUUCCGGAAAAUCAAUGAAAAACAAUCUCCCAUAUUCCAGCUUAAUGAAAAUACUGGGGAGAUAUUUGUAGCAAAAAGUCUAGAUUAUGAAGAAUGUUCAUUUUAUGAAAUGGAAAUACAGGCUGAAGAUGUGGGAGCACUUCUCGGGAGGACCAAAGUGCUAAUUAUGGUGGAAGAUGUAAAUGAUAAUAGACCCGAAGUGAUCAUCACGUCUUUGUUUAACCCAGUAUUGGAAAAUUCUCUUCCUGGUACGGUAAUUGCCUUCUUGAAUGUGCAUGACCAAGACUCUGGAAAGAAUGGGCAAGUUGUUUGUUACACACAUGAUAAUUUACCUUUUAAAUUAGAAAAGUCAAUAGAUAAUUAUUAUAGAUUGGUUACGUGGAAAUAUUUGGACCGAGAAAAAGAGUCUACUUACAAUAUCACAGUGACAGCAUCAGACCUAGGAUCCCCACCUCUGUCUACUGAAACUUAUAUCACCCUGACUGUGGCAGACACCAACGACAAUGCACCCAUUUUCCCUCAUGCCUCCUACUCAGCUUAUAUUCCAGAGAACAAUCUGAAAGGAGCCUCUAUUUUCUCAUUGACUGCACAUGACCCUGACAGCCAGGAAAAUGCACAGGUCACUUAUUCUGUGACUGAAGACACCAUCCAGGGAGCACCCUUGUCCUCCUAUGUCUCCAUCAACUCCAACACUGGUGUCCUGUAUGCAUUGCGCUCCUUUGAUUAUGAGCAGAUCCAAGACUUGCAGUUACUGGUAAUUGCCAGUGACAGUGGAGACCCAUCACUUAGCAGCAAUGUGUCACUAAGCCUAUAUGUGCUAGACCAGAAUGACAACGUGCCUGAGAUCCUGUACCCAACCCUCCCCACUGAUGGCUCCACUGGUGUGGAGCUGGCUCCCCGCUCAGCAGAGCCUGGAUAUCUGGUGACCAAAGUGGUGGCAGUGGACAGAGACUCAGGACAGAAUGCCUGGCUGUCCUACCGCCUGCUCAAGGCCAGUGAGCCAGGACUCUUCUCAGUGGGGCUGCACACUGGUGAGGUGCGCACAGCAAGAGUCCUGCUGGAUAGAGAUGCAUUCAAGCAGAGUCUCAUAGUAACUGUCCAGGACCAUGGCCAGCCUCCCCUCUCAGCCACAGUCACACUUACUGUGGCAGUGGCCAACAGCAUCCCUGAAGUCUUGGCAGACUUGAGCAGCAUCAGGACGCCUGGGGUCUCAGAUGAUUCAGACCUCACACUCCACCUGGUGGUGGCAGUGGCUGUUGUCUCCUGUGUCUUCCUUGCUUUUGUCAUUGUGCUGCUGGCACUCAGACUUCAGCGUUGGCAAAAGUCUCGAAUGCUCCAGGCCUCUGGAGGUGGACUGACAGGUGUGCACCCCUCACAAUUUGUGGGCAUUGAUGGGACACAAGCUUUUCUUCAGACCUAUUCCCACAAGGUCUCCCUCACUGCAGGCUCUCAAACAAGCCAUGUUAUCUUUCCUCAGCCUAACUAUGCAGAUAUGCUCAUUAGCCAAGAGAGCUAUGAGAAAAAUGAUUCUUUGUUAACAUCCAUAGAUUUUCAUGAGUGUAAAGAUGAAGUUGCUCAGGCUGCAGUUUCACCCUGUGGACUCUGGGCGCCGCUGUUGUCCAAAGAGGAGAGCUUGGAGCUCACCAUCUCCUCGCGCAACCGCAGCGCGCUUUCCAGAGCAGCUCUAUGUGACUCUUCAGUGCCAGCCAUUACACCGCUACUUCCCACGGAAAAAGAAGAGUAUUUUUUUCUGGACUGGAUCUGGAACUAA